UGGUAGUUUAAAAGUUUUUACCUUAUUACGGAAAUGCACUUUUAUUUUGCCAGCUUCUUCCAGCUGUGCGCGUUUUGAAACAUCGCGGUCUGCAGUUUCUUGUUUCACACAAAGAUACUUUUUUUAGACUGACCUUUGAACACUUUCUGCAAUCGCUGUAACACUGAUGCCAAGUUUAAAUUAUUCCGUGAUCUAACUUUUUUAAGUAUUUUUUUUUAUGUCUUAGCCACUAGCCAGUUCCAAGCAACAGUUCCGUCCUCUACUAUCUAAGCUUGCCCGGGCAUGCCUAAAAGAAAGUGACGUUUAACUGGGCUUCAUCCCACCAGGGUCUGAUUGGAUGUCAAACUCACAUCUUUCUCUGCACUGAACACAACUGAUGCUGAUGCUUGCAGCUGAAACUCCUGGACAACAUGACCGUGUUGCAGACGCAAUCUGCUGAUAUGGCUGGAAUGAAUGAAAAGCUGUGGUCGGAGAAGGCCUGCUCUGUGCUUAUUCCUUCUUUACCAUUAUGGAUCAUUGAAUAUGCCUGGAGUAAACGGAUGAGGGCGGUCUUAGAAGUUCUCGGUCCUCCAUUAUGGCUAGAAGGUGACUGGAAUAUUCUGAGUAUUGAAGAGCCAUGUAAGAUCCGUGUGGUGGCGGCAGAGGUCUGGAGAAUCGUUGAAACCAGAGACAUUGAGCACUUUGAGAGAGUCACUGAGUUUCUGGAUGUUACAUACAGGCUUGUGCCACGACUGGUGACUCCCAUCAAACACAUGAAGAUCAUGUUUGGUCUGCAGACACUGGUUGUUAUGUGGAUGUUGUGGAAUGACCAGAUCACUGCUAAAAUCUCUGAAAAGAUUGAAAGCUUGUUUCCCAACAGCCUGCCUGAGUAUCACAAAUGCAGCCAAAGGCACAUGAAGCUAAUGCAGAAGAACAGAGAAGAUUUCAAGUCCUUCGCUCACGUUCUAGCAAGAAACAAGGAAACACGUGAGGCUUACAUUCAGGAUUUAAUAGAGGAGCAAUAUGGUGAAUGCUAUGCACAGAAACUGGAGGAGAGACUAUCACACUAUUUGGAAGAGCUUGAAAAAGCCCUGCCACAGCUUACAUGCAUUGAACAGGUACUGAAACAGACCUAUCCACAGGGAAAAGGAGAGAAGAUUCUGAACCAAUUACUUUCAAGAGAUGGUGCCUCUCAAGCCACAGCUCUACGGAGGCUCCUACACUGCGCUGUGACGACAAAUCUGAGCCUUGACGACAGUACUGCACCAUCACUCAAUUCAAUCACAAGUGAGGAACAGAGGAAUGUUGAAGUUGUUAAUCCAUCCCAUGGAACCCUACACGUGGUCUUUAGACCAUCUCAAAAAUGCACAAAGGUAGAUAGACUCUCACAAACAUGUUUGAGAGAGUUCAGUCUGUCUCAGGGCUUGUGGCAGAAUAGAGACAGCGGAACCACUUUAACUCCGCAAAGUUCAAAGGAAAUGUGUGAUGAUGGACCAAUGCUUACAUCUACACAGGUGUCUGCUUCACUUGAGCCUGAGAUCAAUCAGAUUGACUUCAGCCCAUCUCUGCAUGAGGAGAAGGAACCAUUAUGGAGCAGUCGGCAUCAGAAACAGACAAGGACUGAUUUAGACACAGAACGAAAAGACCCUGAACAUGAACUUGCAGGGCAGAUGUGCUCUAGACAUGGCAAACAAAUGAAGAGCAUCCUACAGGAAUGUUCGGAAGAACUUGAUGUGGAUGCUGUACAUGCAGAAUGCACUCCAACAUCACCGCAAAGCACACCACCUCUUCAAACUGUAGCCCUUAUACAAGCAUCUCCAAAUCAACACUCCUUGUCCACUGACACAUCUGUGUCCUCACACCAGGAUUCAUCCUCUACGAACAUUUCAGUGUCCUACAUCGAGCAAGUAACUCUUUCACCAGAGUCCUCCUCACAUCCGCAAAACAUUUUAACAUCAGCAUCCUCAAAAGAGCAGGUUUCUUCUCAGUCUUCUUUAUCGUCAAAAUCUACUGCCUCAAAGCAAUUAAUAAGCACCCCAAGAAUCAAUGCAGGACAGGUUCUAGAAACUGUAGGACAGGUUUUAGCUACCGUUGUCUUCACUGAGCCAAGCAAAACCAAUGGAAACAAGUUGAAACUGUCCCUUGAGAGUCAGAGCUUUCUCAUGCAGUCCAAGUUGUUUCAACCUCAAGUGCGGCUUCAUAAGCUAAGCAAGGAAGAAUUUGCCAGGGCCACGACUUCAGCCAGUGACAUCUCAGAAGAAGAAGAAGAUGCUGAAGAACAGGAAUACAUGUAUUUUGAUGUAAAUAGUCUGUACUCUGAUACAGACUCUGACUCAGAAACAGACUCUGAUGACCCAGAGUACAAGCCUAACGAGGACUAAAUGCAGAGAACACCAGAAAUAAAUAAUGUAACUGCUGCUCACUGGAUGUGGCACCAUUCUGAGUAAACACUAGAGACUGUUGCGUGUGAAAAUUCCAGGAGAUCAGCAGUUACAGAAAUACUCAAACCAGCCCAUCUGGCACAACAAUCAUGCCACGGUCCAAAUCACUGAGAUCAAAUGUUUUUCCCAUUCUGAUUGUUGAUGUGAAUUUUAACUGAAGCUCCUGACCCAUAUCUGCAUGAUUUUAUGCAUUGCACUGGUGCCCCACGAUUGGCUGAUUAGAUAAUCACAUGUCGUGGAGCCCUGAACACAGUUGCUCCCAGACCGAUCCUAGAGUCCCUCUAGCACUGCACAUUUUGAAUCUCGCCCCUUUUCUGACACACACAAAUUUAAGGCUUGGAGUCUCUGCUAAGGAGCUGAUGAGUUGAAUCGGGUGCGUUUGAUCGAGGAGACAUCCAAAAUGUGUAGUAUUGAGCGGCCUCCAGGAACAGGUUUGAGAACAACUGGAACACCAUGUGCUGUUGGUUUAGUGACGCAGAUGGUUUAAAGUGGGUUGUUGUUGUGACGUAUUUCAGUGAAUGUAUGUUGACAUUCUUCUUCUGGUUGACCUGUAAGGGUUAUGUUAGGACAGAACGUUUUCUGGAGAGAGAUUUUGUGAGGUAAAGCACACCCUACAUUAGUGUACAAUAUCCAGGUUGCAUUGACCCUACUUUCAGUUUAGAGAUCGCAUCG